GGCACACUGUGCGGGUUGCGUCAAAGUGACGAAGAUGAGAGCCGCUUUUGAUCGCCUUCUUCUCGAAUCCCGACCGACAAACAACAACACCUUCCCCCCUUCCCCCGACAAUGGAUCAGCGCCUGAUUGCCAUGCACACCCGUGCAACAAGCAUCUUUGUGCAGGCAGAUCGCGAUGAGAGCGGCUGGCUGUCCAAGAAGGAGCUCAAGCGUGCCAUCCAGGGCAACGACGAUAUUCGCUUCGACCUGCGCACUGCAGGUGGUCGCCCAUGGAAGGACUUCUGGGCUGAGCUCGACGUUGAUGGCGAUGGCCGUAUUGAGCUUGACGAGCUCAUCAACUACGUCACCAAAGUUCUUGUGGACAAGACUGACAGCACUGUCAGGUCAGUCAAGGACCUGGCUAGGGAGAUCUUUGAGCGUGCCGAUCGCGACGGCAACGGCGUGCUGUCCAAGAGGGAGCUGAAGCGUGUGCUGCACGAGGACGACGACCUGCGUGACGAGCUGCGUGCUGCUCACGGGCGCCACUGGAAGGACUUCUGGACCGAGCUCGACGCCAACGGCGAUGGGCAGAUUGAGUUUGAGGAGCUUGUGGAGUACAUUGACAAGGCGCACAAGCAGCACGUGGACAAUGCAGUUGCGUCGGCUGCAGAGGCCCGCAGCAACCCUGCAGCAGCUGAGGAGAAGGCGGACAAGGGCACAGAUGAGACAUCGACCGGUGGGGAGUCGACCGCCCGCACCGACGAGACGUUUGGGGAGCGGCUUGCACGCAUGCGUGCCCACGUGCGCGACAUCUUUGAGCGGGCGGACCGGGACAAGAACGGGUGGCUGUCGAAGAAGGAGCUGAAGCGUGUGCUGCACGAGGACGAUGACCUUCGGUAUGAGCUGCGCACGUCUGGCGGCCGUCCGUGGAAGGAGUUCUGGGCUGAGCUCGACGUUGACAACGACGGACGGAUUGAGGAGAAGGAACUUGUUGACUACCUGAUGAAGGUGCUGACGGAGAAGGCGUCGAAGCACCACGCGUCGCUGAAGGAGCGCGCGAAGGACAUCUUUGAGCGGGCGGACCGGGACAAGAACGGGUGGCUUUCGAAGAAGGAGCUGAAGCGUGUGCUGCACGAGGACGAUGACCUGCGCGAUGAGCUGCGCACAGCCCAUGGGCGCCACUGGAAGGACUUCUGGACCGAGCUCGACGCCAACGGCGACGGCAAGAUUACACUCGAUGAGCUGGUUGACUACAUUGAGAAGGCCGGCACGCGCCACGUCCAGGAGGGUCUUGAGCUUGUCCGUGCUUGA